UCCUCUUCCUCCUCCUCCUCCUCCUCUUCCACCUCAUGAGGAAGAGAGAGAAGAAGAAGAAUAAAACGAAGAGAGAUUCUAAUCGACCUUCUCUUUAAGUGUUCGACGUCCUUACGUAGUUUCGUAAGAAUCGCGAGGGCAUAAUAAGAAAAAAAGAUACUAAUAAUUAGCUUACAACGAGCGGCGGCUCCCUUUCCGAAGCGUGUCGUCUUACACGGGAUCCAUCUUCAGAUUGCGCGUGUGUAUUUCAUAUAUAUGUUUGCAUAUUUAUGUGAAUGUAUAUAUUUGUACACAGAUAUAUAUGUUAUAUAUAUAUAUCUGCACACAACAACACAACAACAUUCACACACCGAUUUGCUACAAGAUAGAGAGAACAACAUUCGCAGGAGCGGCCUGUUUGUUUCUUUUCUUUCGAAGUUCUCAUCUUCGCCGUGUGUGUGUAAUUGCGCUGUGUAUUAUUUAAAAAAAAAAAAAAAAAAAAAGAAAAAAAACAGGACAAUUUUGUACCAAUGCGAUUUUGUAUCUAUUUCACACGCACGCACGCACACAAAGAAGAAACAUCACACGACGAGUCUUCGUUAGAAAAUCUCCGCGACUCCAAUUACACGCGCCGUGCGAAAGCAAACACCACAUACAUUUAUGUUAUCUCUCUCUCGGUACACGCCAGGUCUCAUUACUUGUUUAUGCGUGCGUGCGUGCGCUUGUUUGCAUACAAGACGAACGCAAUAAAAUCUCCCAUCGAUCGUUGAUUGUUUUAACGACAAAUUAUUUUUGCAUGAAUAAAACAACGCAAGACGAUCCUUUUUUCGUUGUUUUGUCGAGUUUUUUUUUACAUAUAUGUGUGCAUCCACGCGUGUGUACGCGCAUACGCACGGAUAUAUAUAUAUAUAUACAUAUACAUAUACAUAUAUGGAAAGACUUGCGUGUGCAACAAUUUUUUUCGUCGCGGUCUUCUCGCAUAUAAUUAACCGAAAUUAAUUAACGUUACACACGUUAGGAUAUAAACACACCCCUCUGACCCUAAAUAGUCAAUCCGCAAUCUAACGACUUAUAAAUGAUAUAAUAAUGAUAAUUAUAUUCGGCACCACUUUGCGAUGCAAUUGUACAUAUACGAUAUUACUAUUUUCCACAGUGAAGAAAAAAAAAAAAAAAAGAUGAUGACGAAGAAGUAAAUACCCGCAAUUGUUAAGCGAAGCGUCAAGAGAGCUCUGUUAUAUAUACAUAUAGGCAAGAAACGAAUAUACCACCGUCGUUUAUAUAUUAAUUAAAAUACAAUAAAAGCAGAAGUUUCGAGCAAAAAAGAUCUGUAUCUCAUCCCUGUGUUGCGUUGUGUCACGGUUCGAGAGAUAGCGGGCUCAGAACACGUGUAGAAAAUUUUCCAAACGAGAAAGAUAAUUUAAGCGAUUACACCUGGAACAUUACGUUCUUCUUGUCGUUUUAACGAGGAAAAAUAGUUUUCAUUGCCUCGAUAAUUGCUGAAAUAAUUUUGCUCGUUUCCUAUCGUUGUGACAAAAUCGAUGAAAAAAAUUACCUUUCUCUGUUAAAAAAAAUAUUGUUUUUUUUAUAUAAAAUAUAAUUUUUAUCUCUUUGUUUACUCAAUUGCAUGUUAAUUAUUAUUGUUUUUUUGCAUGUUAAUCCGUUAGUUUUCGAGCAGUGGAAAGAAUUUAUUUUUUUGGGAGUAUCUGCCAGUCUUUUCAAAAAAAAAAAAAAAAGAAGACAAACGAAACCGAUCCGUCUGCCUGCUUGUAGAGGAGAGACCGACCUGAGACGAUACCUGCCUGUCUUCGGCGAUAGCUCGGCGUCGGUUUUUGCGUCAUUCCGUAGCGCUCUCUACCUGCCGUGUCCAGGAUUAAAUCACGAUCGCGGUCGUCCUGUGUCGAGGAUAUACACACUCACCCGCUCGCUAUCGUGAGACGCGCGUGUGUUCCGAUUUCCAAGUGGCGGUCGCGUGUCUUGUUUUCCGCGCAGCUGUCCCGUCUCUAAUCUAUCUCUCAUUUUCGCGUGCAUAGACGAGACGAGAUCCCUUUCGCAUUCCUCGCAUUUCACGUUUAUCAUUUCAUCUACUGAUUGCGUCGCGCAACGGGCGGACGCGAGCGGUCGUCCGUCGUCGGAGAUGUGAAAAAUCAGGCGGCGCGUCGCGCGAACGAACCGCAGAAAGGCAAGAAAUGGCCUUCCUGUGUCCCGUGCGCAUACGUCGCGGAAAGAAGAAGAAAUCCGGAGCGCAUAACUUUAAUUUGGAGAAGGACUGCGUCGGCAGCACAGGACUCGGCCAGAACACCAGGGUACCGCUGCCACCUGGCCGGAUCACCGGUAGCGCCAGUAUCGAGACUCUCGUGCGGGUCGGCAUCGAAAAGGAGAAUGGACUCUCUCCGGACAGCAAAAUGGUCAUCGUGCACGACUUCACUCCCUGCGUGGACGACGAGCUUCAGGUCAAAAGGGGCCAGGUAGUGAACGUGCUUUAUAGAGAAAACGACUGGGUGUAUGUGAUAGCGGCGGACACGCGUAUGGAAGGUUUCGUGCCGCACUCGUAUUGCACGCCGUACACGUCGCAGCUGGCGGAAUUGACGCUGGCCAGUUUGAAUAACGUGAAGAAAAAACUGCCCCGAUCCAGCGAGAACGACUGCGAUCUUCUUAGCGCGGGUCGUCUGCAGGAGAUGCAGCAGACCGACACCGGAUCCGCGUCGGAUUGCGAGAGCUACGCGCGAAAUAACAACGCGACCACGGACGUGACUCGGUCCAACAUCACGCAAUCGCAGAACUCUAUACAGACCAUAUCGUCUCAGCCGGAUGUGCAUCCUUUCUUCAAGGAUCCAUCGGCCGGAAGAUACAUCGUCCUUUACACAUUCGUAGCGCGAGAUGAGAACGACGUCAGUGUCGAGAGAGGCGAAUUCGUGACGGUGCUGAAUCGCGACGAUCCGGAUUGGUUCUGGGUAUUGCGACACUGCGACGGUAACGAGGGUUUUGUGCCGUCCGGUUUCGUUUAUCCGGGCCACGUUCUUCACUCUUACGCGACGACCACCACGACCACCACAACCGCCACUACGAAUACAGUGUCCGCGGAGAUUCACAGUUCAGGCAAGGGUACGGGAGGCGACGCGCUGCAGCAGAAGGGGAUGCGAGAUUUCCGGGACGACACGGCCGGCACGGAACUGGUGGUGCUUUACGAUUACAAGGCGCAGGCGCCGGACGAUCUGUCGGUGAAACGGGCGGACUGGAUCUACGCGGAUUUGGGAAAUCAAACGGUGGACGGUUGGCUCUGGGCCUACGCGCCCAAAACCCGCAAGUACGGUUUCAUUCCUAAGGCGUACGCGCGACCACCUGCCAUGACUAGCUUAUGAUUCGUAAGCGAAUCACCGUUGUCUUCAUUUAUACGUACUUUUUAUACACACUUUUUAUACACAAAAUAUAUUAUAAACGUUUUCUCACAUACGA